AUGCCGGCUCUAACUCAUUCCUUGCGACAUUUACUUCUAUUUCAGAGGCUUAGGCGUAACAUGACGACUAAAUCUAAUGCAAUGGAGUGGCUCGUUAUUUUACCGGAUCUCCCGGGAAAACAGGAAGCUCGAAUGGCAGUGAGACCACAACAUAUCGAGGACCUUAAAAAGGAUCAUGAGAAAGGAUUUUGGAAGAUGGGUGAAGGAGCGUAUUUAGAAGACGUUCCCAAAGGCUCGGAAGAUUUGAAAAUCCAGGGAAGCGCAGUAAUUGCGUGCGCAGAGAGCCGUGAGGAGGUCAUUGAAAAGCUUAAAAAAGAUGUUUACGCCGAGGCAGGUGUUUGGGAUUUUAGUAAGGUCCAAAUCUACCCUUUCAAAUGCGCAGUUCGCACUGCCGUAUAA